AUGAGUGAUGAUAAAGAUAUUACACGUGAAUUAUGGUCAUCACGUUUACCAAUAUGUUUCAUAUUAUCGGAAGAAGAUAUGACAAAAGUCAAUCGUAGUGAAUUACCAGAGCCUCUCUAUUUAAUGUUAUCACGUCAUAUAUAUUUUCCGUUUAUAUUAGAUAAAAUAUCGCGUUAUUUUUCAACAUACUAUAAAGUCGAUAGUUCAAAUUCAAAUAAUUCGACAUCGUCGUCAAACAUUAAUCUAAAUAAUAUAUGGCUAGAAUUUGAAGGUAUUCCAUUAAAAUGGCAUUAUCCAAUUGGUGUCUUGUAUGAUUUAUAUACAAAUGAUUUAACAUUAACAUCGUCAACAAGUUCGUCGUUACCAUGGCAAAUUACUGUUCAUUUUACAAAAUUUCCUGAAACAGAACUCAUUCGUUUUCCCGAUAAAGAAUCCAUUGAAGCACAUUAUAUGUCUACGUUGAAAGAAGCUGAUUCUCUAAAACAUAAAGGUAAAAUUAUUGGUGAUAUGCAAAAACGGGAUCAUAAACAAUUAUGGAAUUCAUUAGCACAAGAUAAAUAUGAUCAAUUUUGGAAUAUAAACGCAAAAUUAAUGUCCUAUACAGAAAAUUUACAAUAUUUUCGUUAUAUACCAUUUCGACUCUAUCGUCUAGAUAAACCAUUUAUACAAAAAUUAUUUUCACCUUUUGAUACAAAUACCAACUCAAUGUUAACACUCGGGGAUUUAGUUCAAUUUGCAUUAAUCAACGAAGCUGCAUGUGAUGUUAAUAAUGAAUUGAAUUUAAUAAAUACACGAAUUGAACAAUUUCGCAUUAUUAUACACGGUACACAACCAUCAUUACAAACGCCUGUACAAUGGUUAAGUGAAUAUUUUAGUUAUCCAGAUAAUUUUCUACAUAUAUGUCUUGUUGAUAAAUGA